AUGCCUGAGGACGUUUCAUCCGCCUCUGACCAGGAGUGCCGAAUUGGUGGCUAUCUACUCCUCAGGACAAUAGGCCAAGGGUCCUCUGCAAAAGUCAUGCUGGCCCGCCACAUUGUAACAGGCACCGAGGUGGCAGUGAAAAUCCUCAAUAAGUGGGACUAUGCCCUUGGGUUUCGUGAAUUUCAGUGCCUGAGACACUUAACGCAUCCAAACAUAAUGAGACUGUUUGAAGUCCGUCACACGGAAGAUCAGUAUUUCCUGUUUGUGGAACACCUGAGCGGCGGUGACUUAGCCACUUAUCUGCAAAAGCAUGGUGCCUGCACAGAAGAGGAGGCCAGGACCAUCUUUCGACAGCUGGUGUCUGCCUUACACCACUGCCACGAAAAGGGGUUCGCGCACAGAGAUCUGAAACCGGAAAACAUCCUUCUAGAUGCUGACAACAAUGUCAAGCUAGCUGAUUUCGGCCUUAGCAAAGAAUUUUGGAAAUGCAAGCUGACCUCAUUCUGCGGGACCAUGUGGUACGUGGCCCCGGAGAUCCUGAGUAGCGAGCCCUAUGACGGCCAGAGGGUCGAUAUCUGGAGCCUCGGAGUCGUCCUUUACCAGCUGGUGACGGGGAAGCUCCCGUUCGAGGGGGGGAACUUUUGGGAAGUGCAGGCACGGGUCUUGACAGGGCACUUCCUCCUACCCCAUUUCCUCUCGGAGGAAUGCCAACAUCUUCUACAGAACAUCAUGACCCUCGACCCCGCCCAGAGGCCGACCCUGGAUGCCAUCAUAAAGGACCCCUGGGUCAACAGAGGGCAAAAGGAGGGAGUGAAGUUAUACAGUGAGCCGCUGUGUGGUGAUAUCGACCCCCAGAUCAGCGAACAAAUGAAACAGCUUGGGUACGACCAGGAGGACGUAAGGGAAUCGGUGGCCCACAAAACCUUCGAUCAUAUCAUGGGCACUUACUUAAUCCUCCGCAGCACAAACAUGAACAACAGAGGCCAUACGGUGAGUGUAAGACCUUGCUCCUCCCCAGAACAAAGACAACAUCUACCCACAAUGCCAGAGCUGCGGGCAGCGGGAGAGAAAACGAACAGGUCCACCAGCCCACCCACCAAGGUGCCAGUGAGGGUGCCUGUCCGUGCCACCAGCAUGGCACCAAGGGGGACUGUCUCCACACCUAGUAUGGCACACAGGGUGGCCAUCCCCACCACAGGAAUGAAGGUGAAGCUGGCUGUUCCAUCUGCCAGCUCACAAGGGGAGGUGGCCACCCCAACCUCCAGUGUGCCAAUGGAGCUGGCUGUCCCAUCUGCCAGCUCCCAGGGGGAGGGGGCCACCCCAACCUCCAGUGUGCCAAUGGAGCUGGCUGUCCCAUCUGCCAGCUCCGAAGCACAGGUGGCCACCCCAACCUCCAGUGAGCCAAUGGAGCUGGUUUUCCCAUCCAUCACCACAGAACCAGAGGUGGUCAUCACGACCUCCAGCCUGGUAUGGAGAGUGGAUGUCUCCAACGCCAGCGGAGAAGUGAAGGGGGCUAUUAAACCUGAGGGUCUCAAAUCCAGCACACUCACCUGCCCUGAGUCCAGCCCUGCCACCACCAGCCCUGCCCACCAUCAUGGUUCUUUCGGGUCCUUCACCACUGCCAGCUCAGCCAUAGAAAUCGGCUCUUCAGGCUCCCGCACCACCUCAGGCAGAAGUAAGAGCAGCACCAGGAGCACCAGCAGGACAGGCAGCACCAGCAGCAGCAACCACGGCUCUUCCUCCCACCAAGGAGAAGGCCGGCAGCAGGGACCAAGAAGGUUGCUCACCAUCAUCAGCCUGGCCCUGCAGAAUGACACCGCUGGCUGCUCACCAUCCUCAGCCUGGCCCUCCACCAUGGCUCUUCAGGCUCUCUCACCACCCCAGGUGAGCACUGCAGAAAGGCUCUUUAGGCUCUCUCACUACACCCAGGCCAGCACUCCAGAACGGCUCUUCCAACACUCUCAUCAGCCUCAGCCUGGCGCUCCAGAAUGGUUCUUCAGGCUCCCUCCCCACCUUCAGCCUGGCCCUCCAGUAGGCUCUGGAGGUCCCUCAUCACCCUCAGGUCGGCACUACAGGUGGCUCUUUGGCUCCCUCAUUAACCCCAGCUCAGUCCUCCAGAAUGGCUCUUCAAACUCUCUCUCCACCCAAAGCAGUAGGAGCAGCGGCACCAGGAGUACCAGCAGCGGCACCUGGAGCACCAGCAGCACCAGCAGCAGCAAGAACACCAGCAGCACCAUUUUGCAGUGCCAUGAAACUUUUAGACAUGCCCGUCUCCUAAAGCUGAACCUGAGAUAG